AUACUUCAUAUUGAAUAAUUUCUCCUUCAAAAAUACUCCUUUUUAUAAAUUUGUGAUGUUUUCGCAUAUUCAUCCAUUAAUUUUGCCUCUUGCCUUUUUCUUUUUUAUCAACUCCACCAUAGGAGUUAUUGGGAAUGGAAUCAUGCUCAUCUGUUUUUUCAGAACAAAACGCCUUCGUUCUCCAUGUCAUAUCCUCAUUAGUCUAACAUGUAUUUGUGAUUUAUUACAUCUUUGUGCUCAGUUUGUGUACUGCGUGCAUCUUUUUGGAAACAUGACAAGUUCACAAGCACAGUGUUUCUACAUGUUGACAAUUCCAUUGUCUGGUGUUGGGGCUUCUGGUCCGUUGAUCUUGGCAAUGGGGGUUGAUAGACUGAUUGCUGUGAAAUUUCCAACAAAGUAUCGACUGUUCCAACAAGAACCCAAGCAUUAUAUUCUUGGCCAACUUGUAUUUCCAAUCGCGUACACGGCUAUUCUUCUCUAUUACGGAUUCGCAAAUAAAAUAGUUGAUGAGAAACUACAAGUCGCAUGUGCAGUACCCCUUGCAUUAAUGGGAACUUCCUUUCAGUUUUUCACUUAUUCAAGCGCCUUGAUUUAUUUUUUGGUAGUUAUCGUGUACGGGAUUGUUUAUUUUCUUUUGAAAUCGAAUCAAGCAAGUGCCAGAUUCAAAAGUGUUUUCCGUUCAAUAUUGGUAACUGUUGGUUUUGUUUUAUUCGGUUGGGUAACGACAACUCUAACAAAUACAUUAUCUUAUGAAAUAACUUCUGUUGCAUUCACUGCUCAAUUAAUGCAAAUGUAUGCUGGAAUUACAGUAAAUUUUGCAGCGGCUUCAAAUGCAUUCAUAUUUUAUGCGAUAAAUUCCGAGUAUCGGGAAGUCAUCAAAAGUCUUUUUGGAUGCAAAAACAAAACAAAUACGCCUGCAUUUGAAGCAUCAAGCACAAUGGUUUCGGUAUCAAAAACGUCUAAAAUUCAGAGAAGAAAAUCGACGAUGGCUUCAAUAAAUUAA